UACCUAAUAUUAUAAUAAGAUGAAACAUGUUUCUGAAACAUGUUAUUUGUAAUUAUGAUCCACGAUGAUGCUACAAAUGUUUUAAACUUUUUAAAGCAUUAAAUUAGUAAACUAUAUUCUUCUGAUUGGCCAGUCAAAUGCUUUGAACCAUUUAUAGCAUUGCAUGAACUGCGCCCUAUAUCGAUUAAACGUAGUUGCUAGGAAACUCGAUGUUUAUGGUAAAUUAACAGUUACGUUACUCGAAAAAAAUUUUAACUAAUAUUGCUAAAUUUUUGCAUAAUUCCUAAAUUUGACGUAUAUUUCACGUAUAUCAACAUUACGUAAAAUGAAGAUACAAAUGUGAAAAAAGAUAAAAAGAAAAAAUUAGAAGUCUAAUUAGAAGAAAAUUUGCCAAUAUUGAGCGCUAUAGAAUUUAAAAAAGAAAAUGCCUUGCGAUGGUAAAAAUCCGAAUUGUGAUAAAAGACGCGAUUUACUCGCCCGAUUAAAAUGUUUAAUCAGUUCAAUGGAUAGAAAGAAACCAUGUGAAUGGGAUGAGCCAUCUUGUCCACCUUUAGUAUACUGUCCCACAGAAUUAUCUUUAUGUACUCCACCUAAUUGUGAAUCUAUUAAAAAAUGUAAAUUCUUCGACUUUCGAACAAGCAUAAUGUACAGAUGCGAAUGCAUCAAAAGGAAUGGUUUACAAGAUAGAUGCAUGAUGUGGAAUUGCAUGGGUAGACCUGAAUGCAUGACAAAACUAUAUCCAAUUUGCGAGCCAGGUUAUACUGCAUUAUUGAAGUUGACUGAUUUGGGUGAUGUGGACACUGCUCUUAGAAAAUUCUAUUGCGCGGACCAAACUAGAGAGGCGGCUCUAGCUGCGUAUUGUAGAGUAGCUUGUGAUAAAACUCGUCAAAUUCCAUUGUGCAAUAAAAAUAGAGAGAAAAAUGAGAAUGUCGAGGCUCUUUGCGCUUCUGCAAUGUCCACAUCAAGAAAUAUAUCAAAUAUCAGAAAUAAUUCAAACAGCGAUGAUAAACAAGCCAUUCACGAUUUCUCAUCUUCAUAUCAAUUUUGUGUACCAUCAUCACCAUAUGUAUUACAAUCUUGCGACGUAUGUUGUACAUCUUACAAUUAAAAGAAUUAUCUCUUCUAUGCA